UGCCAACACACGCUUACACUUUGAGCUUUUCAUCUAACAAGGCAAAAUGUGGGCUUGUUUCAUAACGAUCAUAGGUCUGCUGCAACUGGUUGCCAUUCGGAGAUGUGAAGCACUGGACGUAACCAAGUACACUAAGAGAUGUCACUACGGAGAAUCCAAAUGUAUCAUUCAGAGUAUGAACCAAGUCAUAAAGAGUUAUCCAAAGGACAUCCCGGUUUUGGGCUUGAAACCCAUCGAAAUUGUCGACAUAAAGGACUUUAAAAUUUGGAAAGACGUGGACAUUGGCGCCGUGUGGUUCAAAUUCCGGAUGUACGACCAGCAGAACUACGGAUUUGAAAACACAACGAUCACCGAAGUCAGAGGCUUUGGCAGGGAUCCUACUUCGUCCUUGGUGGAGAUUCAUGGCGAGAUUCCCCGACUCGUGCACAAAGGAAAGUACGUAGUCAACGGGAAGAUUUUGUUUAUAGAGACGAAUUCCAUGGGCGAAUCGGUGUCUGAUUUUCAAAACUUUAAGUUCUUUCUCAAGCUUAAAGUCCUCAUUGAGUAUCGGAACAAUAAGAGAUAUCUGAGGGUGCACCAGCUAGUGCCACGGCUUAAAUUGGAUCGUUGGAUUAUCGGGCUGGACGACUUCUACGUUGAAAACUCCGACUUAACUAUAGCCGUUAAUGAAGUUAUCAAUAAGAAUUGGGUGGAGUUCUGGAACGAACUGGAGCCGUCGAUUUUGGAAGUUUUUCAAAGUGUUUUCACUAAUCUUAUUGAAGAUGUAUUCCAAAAGGUACCAUAUGACGAUCUUUUCAUCGAAAAUUAGUAGCUUAUAAAGUUAAAAUAAGGCCAUAUCAAUUUAAUUGAUUUUAUAAUUUUUUUAAGCAAGUUCCUAUUAAAUAAAAAGUUUAAAAAAUCCUA